AAGUCCUUCGCCGACCUGGGCCUGUGCAGGACCCUCUGCGCCGCGUUGGACGCCACCGGGUUCAAGCACCCCUCCCCACCGCAGCUCGCCACCAUCCCGAUGCUCCUCGAGGGCACCGACGUCGCGAUGCAGUCCUACACGGGCAGCGGUAAGACCCUGGCGUACCUCCUCCCGGUGCUCAACCGCAUCGCGGAGGAUCAACGAAAGCCGCGGGGGGAACGAGCGGACGGCGUGCAGUGCCUCGUGGUGGUGCCCUCGCAGGAGCUCGCGAUGCAGAUCGUGCGGCAGGUGGAGAGGGUCCUCGGGGAGUUCGGCAGGGAGAUCACGCAGCAGUGCAUAGGCGGCGCGAACAUUCGGCGGCAGGAGGAGGCGCUCCGCCGCAAGCGACCCCUCGUCGUCGUGGGCACGCCGGGGCGCGUCGCGGAGCUCAGCAGAAGCGGGAUCCUCCGCACGCACGGCGUGAAGUGCCUCGUGAUCGACGAGGCGGACGACCUUCUGGCGAGCAACUUCCGCCGGGACAUGGCCAGGAUCGUGGACCACACGGGCAAGGGCGUCCUGGGCGGGAGACAAACGGUGAUUGUAUCCGCCACGCUGAAGCGGGAAACUUUAGACCAGUACUCGUACAUGGCGCCGAAUCUGGUGCACGUCAAGGCGACGAAGAAGGAGCUGGAGAAGGCAAAAGAGGCGGAGGGAGGCGAGGAGGGCGAGACCUCGGACGUCGCCGCGUCGCUCCCGCCCAACCUCGAGCACUACUCCGUGGUGGCGGAGGGCAGGCACAAGGUGGACAGGCUCCGUCGCGCGAUCCACGCCACGGGCGCGGAGCGCGCGCUCGUCUUCCUCAACUUCGGGCACAGACUCACCGACACCAGGGACAAGCUCGCGGCGCGAGGUAUGCCCUGCGGUGUCCUCCACGGUGGGAUGAAUAAGCUGGAGAGAGCCAACGAGCUCGCCGCGUUUCGACGCGGGGAUUUUCGCGCUCUGCUCGUCUCGGACCUCGCGGCUCGAGGCAUCGACGUCCCGGAGGUGGACGCGGUGUUCAACCUGGACUUACCGACGGAUGAGACCCAUUACGUCCACAGGGCCGGUCGCACCGGGCGCAUGGGCGCGGACGGCAUGGUGAUGACGCUGGCGGCGCCCGACGAGGCUUUCGUGCUGACCAAGAUUCAGCGCAAGCUCGGGAUCGACAUCAAGGCGGCGGACCUGCAGAAGGGGCGCGUCGUG